ACGAUACUUUUAAAAAAAAAAAUGCACACAACAACCUCCAAAACCGUUCUAAGUCCGUUAGCAGAAGCAGUCAGCUCACUCAUUGUCAUUGUAUCCGAUGCCGAAACGGAAGGAACACCCAUGCCAGACUUGUCGGCCUUGGCCAGCGGGGUCGAAUCCCAAAUCGCCAACCUCGUCUCAGUCGGUAAAAAAAUCCAAGACCAACCUAGUGCUGAUGAGAUUAUGAAGCGAGAUAUGCCAUUAGCGUGCGAAGGAGUCACCAAAGCUGCUGCAUUGCUCGUUGAAUCUACUCAGGGGUUAGUUUCUGAUCCGUAUUCUCAGAGUGGACGACAGGGGCUUUUGGAUGCUGUCAAGGGGAUUUUAUCGGGAACGACCCAAGUAUUGAAUGUGUUUGAUGAUGCCGAGGUUCGAAAGAUUUUGUCAGCGUGUACGCUCCUCCGGAAUCUACUUUACACCAUCACCCUUGGGCCCCCUUCACCUACCGAUGCUCAGAGCUACGUUCAAACCAUUGCCCAAGCGUCGCAAACGAUUGUGGUGUUGGCUCAGUUGACCAAUAAGCGUGUCGCAGAGUUGUUGUACCCAGUCUUGCAAACGCGGCUCAAGACGGCUAUUGUGGCGUUGACCAAGCAGAGUCCGGGGUUGAUUGGGGUGUGCAAGUUGUGUUUGAUGCAUCCUGGAAAGGAGGGUACCAAGAACGCUCGGAAGGAGACGUGUGAGAGACUGGUGGACGUGGUUAAGGAGAUUGAAGUGGUGGUGCAGUUUACAACGGAGGAGGAAGGGUUGGCCAUGGAGAUUGGCGAGGUAGGCAAACUCCGAAAAGCGCUUGCCGAAGAAUACGUUCCCAAAAUCUUCCGAGGCCUUCAAUCCGGGUCAACUCAAGAUGUUCAUGGAGCCAUUACGGAGCAAUCCGAUGCCAUCGGUGCCAUCAUCCAGCACGCUCAAGAUCAAAUCAAAGGCCUAAAAGACCCCCUCCAAAAAGCCGCCUGCGAGACCCUAGUAACCGAACUUACAAACUCUGAAACCCGUCUCCAAAAGGCUCUAAAAGACUAUUCAGCAAAACCUACCCCAGAGACCGAACGUGCCCUCCGUACCGCACUGGAUAAUCUCACGGCACGCACGGAGGCCCUUCAAACCGGGUUGAACAAGAGUAUCGUUUCCGAAGCUGGGAGCGUGAUCGCCAAUGUGGGGAGCACGACCCAACCCGGGACACUCUUGACACACAUUCACGAAUCCGCUAAAAAAGGGGACACAAAAGCCGUUCAAGAGGGGUUAGAACGCUUUGAAGGUGAAUCAGCGAAAUUGUAUGCACUUGCUACGACGGCCAUGGAUACGGUGUGUCGGACCCAUCCCCAACUUGCGCAGGAACUCAAAGUGGCUAGAGAUCGGCUAAAGGGGUUAACAUCUGGCUUAAAAGGUGCUACGGAAUUGUUGGUGGCGAAUCCUGCUGAUGCUGCCACUCAGGAGCAUUACAAGGCUGUUGUUGCGGCGUGGGAAGACGGUGUCAAGGAUGUGCAGAGGUUAAUGGUGGGACAGGAAGGGGUGUUUAAAGCUCAUGAAUUGGUAUCGGGAGCCAAGAAUGGGUUUGAGCAUCAUGCCCGUGCUUUAGCAGCCGUGGCUUCAAAGGGUGACAUCCGGUCCACACAUCAGGAAGCUGCACUGCUUGUAUCGGCUGCCCACCAGUUUGUAGCAGUCGCAAGAAAAGAGGCAGAGAAUACAGAAGAUGCUGGAUAUCGCAAGGAAUUAGAUGCCAAGAUUAAGCAGGUUGAAACAAUCCUCCCACAACUAUUAUCUGGCGCCGAACUGGUCCUCAACUCCCUGACCGCCUCCUCCCUCGACGCAGCCCUUGAACUCGGUUCCAUCGUCCGGGACCUCGCAUCCCACCUCACAGGCCUCGGCGACGUGAUCCGAAACUACAAGGGCGGAAACGAGCUCAUUGAGGAUACAAAUACACAAGAAUCGGAGCCUCAAGAAGAAACGAAUGUGAAAAGUGCUAAACAUGCUUUGGAUGAAUUGGUGGAAACGUUGCAGGAUGUUGUUAUUGUUGAGGAGGAGAAACCGGUUUUGUUGUCUGAAGAGGAGGCUAAAGCGGAGCCCAUCAAGGCUGCAGGACAAGAACUCAAAGUCGAAGCCUCAAACUGGACAUCAACCCAAAACCCCAUUGUCCACGCCGUAACCAUCAUGUCCCAAAACCUCUUGGACCUCUCAGCCCUCCACACCCAACUCCGCACCUCAGCCCAACCGGCAACCAAAAAAGCAUUUAUAGCCUCCGCCCAACAAAUCACAUCACAAGCCAUGACAGUUUCCCAAAGUGCUCGACCCAUUAUUGAGGCAUGUACGGAUCGGAGGUUACGUGCUCAACUCCUAGCAUGUUCAGAUAAGAUUCAAACCCUGGGACAACAACUCAAGAUUGUUGCGGCUGUUAAAGCGUCUGCACCUAUGGAUCGUGAUCGGGAUGCCCAACUGGUUGCUUGUGCGGCUAAUUUGAUGGGAGCUGUUAAAGGGUGUUUGAGGGAUUGUGAGAGUGCGAGUUUGAGGAUUUCGCCGAGUGUGCUUGAGAGGAUUGGGGUGAGGUUUCGUAGGCAGCUUUAUCGUGCGAAACAGUUUGGACAGUAGAUUGGAGAGUAGGUUUUUGUUGUGUAUUUUUCUUUAAUGUUUGAUGGUUUUUUUUUUUUUCGCUUUUGGUGGACAAGUUGCCG